AUGCACUUUGAGCUCGUAGAGGUGCAAAAACGCCUUGCAGCAGAGUACGGUGACCAACGCUUCCUCCAGUGUAGCGUGGCACGCACCCUUUACCUUUGUCUCUUGCACGGCGACGAGGGAAAAGCAGAAGACUUGCGUGCCAAAUACCACGUCACCGAGAAGACGUAUACCUACAGCAAGUUGCGUGCCCUGUGCGAUGCUGGCAGGUGGGCGGAGGCGGAAAAACUUGGCGGUGUGUUAGGCGGCCACAUCGCCUCCAAACCGUCUAUCGGCUACGUGCCGUUUGUGGAGCAGUUUGCUCUACACGCGCAAGUAGCCAGCGCUCUGCGCUUCAUCCAAAAAUUGGACGGUGUCGCUACCCGAGUGACAUGGUUCAUGCAGCUGCAACAUCCACGACUGGCAAUUGAGGAUGCCUUUCGCGAAAAAGACGGGAAACUUAUUCAACAUGUUUUGGGGAGAACGACAGACUCGGCAAUCCAGGAAUACGGAUUACGGUGUCUUCACGAAUUACAAUAG